GGUGAAGUCAGCGCUGCACACGCAGGCCCUCUACAUAGGCUCGGCAAUGCUCUUUGCUCAGACAACACACUGCAGGCAGCAGCUCGCUUCCGCCUCUUCGCCAGAAAAUCACAAGAUGUGGAAUCUGUCCAGGAAGUUGGAGGUUUGUACUGGCAGAGAGUAACACUCAUCCUCGAACUGCUACAGCACAAGAAGAAGCUCAAAAGCCCCCAGAUACUCAUCCCAAGUCUUUUUAACUUGCUGUCAAGGUGUUUAGAGCCCAAGUCCCCAGAGCAGGAGAACAUGGAAUACACCAAGCAAUUAAUUCUUAGUUGUCUGCUCAACAUCUGCCAGAAGCUGUCCCCGGACGGUGGCAGGAUACCUAAAGAUAUUUUGGAUGCGGAGAAGUUCAACGUUGAGUUGAUAGUCCAGUGCAUCCGCCUUUCAGAGAUGCCGCAAACCCACCACCAAGCCCUUUUGCUUUUGGGUACUGCUGCUGGAAUAUUCCCAGAUAAAGUUCUACACAAUAUCAUGUCUAUUUUUACUUUCAUGGGAGCCAAUGUUAUGCGCUUAGAUGAUUCUUACAGUUUCCAAGUUAUUAGCAAGACAGUGAAAAUGGUCAUUCCAGCACUUAUCCAGUCUGACCAUGGAGAUUCCAAGGAAGUCACAAGGAAUGUGGAAGUGCUCGCAGUGAAGAUCAUCAGCGUGUUCGUGGAUGCACUGCCACACGUUCCUGAGCACCGGCGCCUGCCUAUCCUGGUCCAGCUUGUGGACACGCUUGGAGCAGACAAGUUCCUGUGGGUUCUCCUCGCCUUGCUCUUUGAACAGUACGUCACUAAGACAGUGCUGGUUGCUACCUGUGGAGAAAAG